CCCGCCCCGCCCCGCGCCGCUCCGCGCCGGCUCCGCAGCUUGCGCCGGCCGGCCGGUCCGGCGCCGGGCCAUGGCGCUGUUGCGGGAUGUGUCGCUGCAGGACCCGCGGGACCGCUUCGAGCUGCUGCAGCGUGUGGGGGCCGGGACCUAUGGCGACGUUUACAAGGCCCGUGACACCGUCACGUCCGAACUGGCCGCGGUGAAGAUCGUCAAGCUAGACCCAGGGGACGACAUCAGCUCUCUUCAGCAGGAAAUCACCAUCCUUCGUGAAUGCCGCCACCCCAAUGUCGUGGCCUACAUUGGCAGCUACCUCAGGAAUGACCGCUUGUGGAUCUGUAUGGAGUUCUGUGGAGGGGGGUCGCUGCAGGAGAUUUACCACGCCACUGGGCCCCUGGAAGAACGGCAGAUAGCCUAUGUUUGCCGGGAGGCACUGAAGGGGCUCCACCACCUGCAUUCUCAGGGGAAAAUUCACCGAGACAUCAAGGGUGCCAACCUUCUGCUCACUCUGCAGGGUGAUGUCAAGCUGGCGGACUUUGGGGUGUCAGGUGAGCUGACAGCAUCUGUGGCCAAGAGGCGGUCUUUCAUUGGCACUCCAUACUGGAUGGCGCCAGAGGUUGCUGCUGUGGAACGCAAAGGUGGCUACAAUGAGCUCUGCGACGUCUGGGCCCUGGGCAUCACUGCCAUUGAGCUGGGCGAGCUGCAGCCACCGCUGUUCCACUUGCACCCCAUGAGGGCCUUGAUGCUCAUGUCGAAGAGCAGCUUCCAACCACCCAAGCUGAGAGACAAGACACGUUGGACCCAGAAUUUUCACCACUUCCUCAAGCUGGCCCUCACCAAGAACCCCAAGAAGAGGCCCACAGCUGAGAAACUUCUGCAGCACCCAUUCACAACCCAGCAGCUCCCUCGGGCCCUCCUUACCCAGCUCCUCGACAAGGCCAGCGACCCCCACCUGGGAAGCCUCUCCCCUGAAGACUGUGAACUGGAGACCCAGGAUAUGUUUCCAGAUACCAUCCAUUCCCGGGGCCAUCAUGGUCCGGCUGAGAGGACCCCCUCCGAGAUCCAGUUUCACCAAGUGAAAUUUGGUGCCCCCCGCCGGAAGGAGACAGAUCCUCUUAAUGAACCGUGGGAGGAGGAGUGGACGCUGCUGGGAAAAGAGGAACUGAGUGGGAGCCUGCUACAGUCGGUCCAGGAGGCCCUGGAGGAAAGGAGCCUGACCAUCCGGCCAGCCUUAGAACUCCAGGAGCUGGACUCCCCAGAUGAUGCCGUGGGAACCAUCAAACGGGCCCCAUUUUUGGGGCUGCCCCUUACUGAGCCAACACCUGAUGACAAUGCCCAGUCCUGCUCCCCAGGAACCCUGUCUGCACCUCCACCUGGCCCUGGCAGCCCACCAUUGCUGCCCACUGCCUGGGCCACCCUGAAGCAACGGGAGGACCCUGAGAGAUCAUCCUGUCACGGCCUUCCUCCCACCCCCAAGGUGCACAUGGGUGCCUGCUUCUCCAAGGUCUUCAAUGGCUGCCCCCUGCAGAUCCAUGCUGCUGUCACUUGGGUUCACCCUGUGACUCGAGACCAGUUCCUGGUAGUCGGGGCUGAAGAAGGCAUCUACACCCUCAACCUGCAUGAGCUGCAUGAGGAUACACUGGAGAAGCUCAUCUCCCAGCGCUGCUCCUGGCUCUACUGUGUGAACAACGUGUUACUGUCACUCUCAGGGAAAUCCACGCACAUCUGGGCGCAUGACCUUCCAGGGCUUUUUGAGCAGCGGAGACUGCACCACCAGGCACCCCUCUCUAUCCCUACCAACCGUAUCACUCAGCGCAUCAUCCCCAGGCGCUUUGCCCUGUCCACCAAGAUCCCUGACACCAAAGGCUGCCUGCAGUGCCGUGUGGUCCGCAACCCCUACACAGGCAGCACUUUCCUGCUGGCCGCCCUGCCUGCCAGCCUGCUUCUGCUGCAGUGGUAUGAGCCCCUGCAGAAAUUCCUGCUGCUGAAGAACUUCUCCAGCCCUUUGCCCAGCCCGGCAGGGAUGCUGGAGCCGCUGGUGCUAGACGGCAAGGAGCUGCCACAGGUGUGUGUGGGCGCAGAGGGGCCCGAGGGACCCGGCUGCCGAGUCCUGUUCCAUGUCUUGCCCCUGGAGGCUGGACUGACUCCAGACAUACUCAUCCCGCCUGAGGGGAUACCCGGCUCCGCCCAGCAGGUGAUCCAGGUGGACAGGGACACGGUCCUGGUCAGCUUCGAACGCUGUGUGAGGAUCGUCAACCUGCAGGGUGAGCCCACAGCUGCACUGGCCCCGCAGCUCACCUUUGACUUCCCUAUUGAGACUGUGGUGUGCCUGCAGGACAGUGUGCUGGCUUUCUGGAGCCAUGGCAUGCAGGGCCGAAGCCUUGACACCAAUGAGGUGACUCAGGAGAUCACAGAUGAGACCAGGAUCUUCCGAGUGCUGGGGGCCCACAGGGACAUCAUCCUGGAGAGCAUUCCCACUGACAACCCUGGAGCACACAGCAACCUCUACAUCCUCACAGGUCACCAGAGUAGCUACUGAGCUGUCGCCCUGGCGGCGCCCAGGCCUCAGUUGUCACCUCCAGCCUCUGCUGGGGCCCCAGAGGGCCGACCUAAUUCUGAGACGUGUUGGGGGGCAGGGAGGGGAGGUAGCCCACCCCCCUCAGCAAUAACUGGACCCGAGGAAGCUGCGACCACCUACUCUCCCUGCAGUGUUACCCCCCCCCCCCCCCGUGCAGGGGGCCCUGGGCGGGAUGGGGCUGCCUGGCUGAUCCAUUCCAUUUUCUCAUUUUUCCUUUCUGUUCUUUCUGCCAAGAGCCUGCCCCAGGUUCUAUCCUGGGCAACAUGUGUUUAAGAGAGAAUUAUAUUGGUAUUAAAGCUGGUUGGUUUUAUCCCAUUAGUCCCUCUGAGGUGGAGGGGUUGAGCCCCCCCCCUUCUGCCCCUUUCUCUUCUCCUCUCGCCCUGUCCUGCAGGACACUUUCCUGUAAGUACUUGGUUGGUCUCAGGCACGCACCAUGGCAGGGCAGUCCGCUGGUGCUUGGUGGAGUCUAGACUCAGGUGACACAAGCCAGUGGUCCAACAGCCAUCUUGGACCUGUAUCUUCCUGGUCCCUGCCCAGAGCAGCCCUCCCUCAGUUUAUAGGUUGAAACAUCUGCUGUAGUUUGGCAUCUUGUGGACGCAUGCACAGAAUUACAAGCGAAGGGACCUGUCCAGGGCAGCCUUGCCCCAAGUAGGCUCUUGCUUGUGGUCUGUGGGAGGAUGCUGGAAGCUAGCCAAGGAGCUAGCCACCAUGUCCAUGACCAUUUCUGGGAUCUGCGCCCUGGCCCUGGCCCUGGCCGCAGUGUCCCACUACAGACCUGUAACAGUACAGUGAAGCAUCAGCUUAGCCGGGAAGAUGGAUCUGGGUCUCUUUAGUGUUCGUUCAUUCCAUGCCAGGCCGGGGGUCACUACCAAGAUACAGCUCAACCCCAAGAAACGUGUUGGAGCCCAUGUCCCUGGUGGCUCAGCUUGUGCUUCAUAUUGCCCUCCCUUAGUCCCCUUGCAAAGGGCUCAGAGCCCCCAGGGCCAGGUGCCCCCUCCCCUGUGGCCCCAGAUACUGACUGGCUUGCCAGUGACCAAGGCCACUGAAGGGAGGGUGGGGCACACAGAGCCAGGCCUGUGGGCACUAACGUGGGUUGUGGAGCCAAGGUCCAGAGCUCAGUGCUUCUGUUCCAGCUCAUUGCCCCCUCCUGACAUUUAGAGCAAAUGUUGGCAGAAGGUCUUAGGCCUGGUGUGCUGACUGCAAGUACUUGGCAGCUCAGUGAAGCAACGAGUGGGUGAGUGGGUAGACGACAGCUCAUGUGACUGGAAUCUGUGGCCCUUGUGGUUGUCACUGUCCCGUCUUCAGAGCCUCGAUUGCUUGGUUUCUAGUGACCAGCAGGGUUGCUUGGCUGCAUAGGGAGCCAGGCCAGGAAGAGGGACGGAGCUUAUGUCCCCAGUGAGACUCCAAAAUCAUCUGAAGGGUCAAGGGAGAUAGGGCUACACGGUAGAAUCCUAGCUUCCUAUCUCCCAGAUUUCUUGGGAGCAUGCUGGUGGUGGGGGUGAGAGGGGCUGCCACCCAGCCCACACUUAACCCAGGUGCCCUGGGAGAACUGGCCUUCAGAGUAGUGGGCGGCACACAGUGCCACCUUGUGGCAGGUGGCUCAGCCCAGAGUCCAUCUGAAAAGGAGGUUUAGGGGUGUAGUAUGCCAAAGUGAGAGGCCUGUGAAAGGAAAGGCCCACUGAUAGGGUUGGGUGCCACAAGCCAAAGACAGGGCAAGCCAGGAAUAUGCACUAAAAGAUGUAACUUUAUUUAUAUAUUUGUUUAUAGACAGCCUUUUUCAAAUACAAAAGAGAAUUCGAUGAAGCCGACUGUGGUGAAUGCCUGUGAUCCCAGUACUCAGGAGGCAGAGGCAGGAGGACUGUCUGAAUUGUAGUCCGGCCUGGUCUACAUAGUGAAUUCCAGGCCAGCCAAGGUUAUAUGUAGUAAGAUCCUGCCUCAAAAAUAAAUAAAAUUUGUCUCUCAUUUGUCCUCCAGUCCCUUCUAGAAGUAUUUAUGAUAUUUAAACAAUUUGGUAUAUUUUUAUUCACAUGGCAACAGUCCAUAUAUCCUGCUGGCUCUCUGAAAAUACAUUCUGGAGAUCUUUGCAUUAUCAGCCUGGCCUAUUUUUGUAUAGCUUGUGCUGGGUGGUACAUGUUUCAGGUGACUGAUGUUAACUGAAAGGUCCUUAUUGACGGAAUGUAUUUCUACUUUAAUAUCACAAACCACACUGCAAUAAAUAACUCCUGUGUCUGA